AUGACAGCAGCAAUUCCAGCAGCACGACAGAUCCAAAUCAAAAUGGGACCACAAUGGGGAAAUCCACAGGUCGCCUCGCUGCCCAAAACGCUGCCAUUCGGUCAACCCUUGAUGCCUCUCCAGGUUGUGAAUGUACCGAAACCGGCUACCGGAACGACGCUAAGUCGCGAGCAACUUGAUAGGAUCUGUACAGAGAUACAAAAAACUACGCGCAGCUUCGGUAUUAGCAAUCCAAAGUUGUUCGCUCUGAACAACUGUCCGCUUGUUCAAAUGUAUUACAAACAGGUAAGUAGAUUCCAAAGUUAA